UAUUAGGUCAUUUAUCAUAUCUUCUUACCUCAGCAAACUACAAAAGCAAAAUGGCAUGGAUGUUUGACAUAGGAUGUUGGUCAUUUGUGUUUAUGCUACUUAACAUAAAAUUUGCAGGAUGCAUAACAUGUCUAAAUUGUAGAAAUACUGCCGAUCUUAGCAAUUGUAAAGAAGCAGUUGUUUGUAAUAACAACGAGACAUGUUACAUUGAAAAAAGUUUGUCACCCGUGGACCUUCAACCCGUUUAUAAUACUGGAUGUAAAAAUCUUGAAUACUGCAGACUAGAAUAUUGCAAUAAGAUAGCAUACGGAGGUAAUAUACAAAGAAAAAGACAAGCUAUCGAUGACCUGACUCUAUGUUCAGAGUGUUGUUAUGAAGACGGCUGCAAUACAGAAGGAUGUGGUUAUAUUAAACAAUUUAAUUUCACAUGCCCUACUGGACUAGUGAAAGAUACAUCAACAAAAGAAAUGAUGACGACGCCAACGACGACGAUGCUGUCGAUUACGACGACACGGCUACCGACGACUACAGCAGCAACAACCAUAACAACAACCACAAUUCGUACCUCAUCAACAAAAUCGCAACCAAUAAUAACUGUCAAAGCGACUUUGGGGCCGAGAAGUCUGUGUACUUUUGAGCAAAGUAACGUAUGUGUUUGGUCUCAAGAUCUUUCAGAUGUCUUCAACUGGACAAUUCAAAGCGGACCAACAUUGUCUUCUGACACUGGGCCUCCUGUAGAUCACACACAAGGAAAUGUGCAAGGGAGUUACGCGUAUAUAGAAUCGUCUGCACCUCGAGUGCAAGGCGAGAUUGCUAGAUUAAAAUCGCCUCAAAUAUCAUCAAAGACAACAAUUUGUUUGUCACUAUGGUAUUAUAUGUAUGGAGACGGUAUUGGAGACUUGACCAUUCUUUUGAAAAAGACUUCAGGCAUACAGUCUGAAACAGGUCUGUCAAGCAUAACCGGGGAACAAGGGCAACAAUGGAAGACUACACAAGUCGAAAUACCCGCCUCGUCUCCUCCUUACAACUACACUCUUGUUAUUGAAGGUACUAUUGGUGACACCUAUCGAGGUGAUAUUGCGAUAGAUGAUGUCCUGAUUAAUGACAAAAGCUGUACUGGACAACACGUAAAACCUGACCUUUCGGGAAUUAUAAUUGGUUAAUUAAUACAUCGUAAAUACUUGGAAUAUCACAUUCUGUAUAUCCUUGGAAUUAAACAUUAUUUGACAACUGUC